GCUUUUGCGCACCAGUGUGUGGAAACUGGAGACGGAUAGCACACCACCGUUAAGAAGUUUCUCUCUCUUCCUUGAAUAUUCAGAUGACGCGCAUCACUCGGAUCUCUCUUCUUCUUCUUCCUCCUUGUUCUCUUUUCUGACCCAAAUAUCCAUCUCUCAUCUUCUCUCUAUCGGCAUCGAGAGCUUCUCUCACUCCCCAUUCUAAGCUCUCGAUCCGAACCACCGCCAUUACCACCAAAGCCAAAAACAAGAGAUCGAGGAGCGUCGUCGAUCAAAUGCUCAUCAUGUUUCGCUGACGCACGCCACCGCGAUUCUGGGAUUGGUCAUCGAUCUCUAAAAAAAAAUGGAGAACAUCGCGGCGCAGCUUAAGCGAGGCAUUUCCCGGCAGUUCUCGACCGGCUCGCUCCGGCGUAACCUCAGCCGGCAGUUCAGCCGGCAAUCCUCGCUCGACCCCAGGCGGAACAACCUCCGCUUCAGCUUCGGCCGCCAGUCCUCGCUCGACCCGAUUCGGCGCAGCCCCAGCGAAGACGACUCCGAGCUGUCCGUGCCGGAGAAUCUCGACUCCACCAUGCACUUGCUCUUCCUGGCCUGCCGAGGCGACGUCCAUGGCGUCGAAGACCUUCUCAAUCAAGGCAUUGACGUCAACAGCAUCGACUUGGAUGGCCGCACCGCGCUGCACAUCGCCGCCUGCGAGGGUCACAUCGACGUUUGCAGGCUCUUGCUCAGCCGCAAGGCCAACAUCGAUGCUCGCGAUCGCUGGGGCAGUACGGCAGCUGCCGAUGCCAAGUAUUAUGGGAAUACGGAUGUGUACAACAUUUUGAAAGCACGGGGAGCCAAAGUUCCGAAAACCAGGAAGACCCCGAUGACUGUUGCAAAUCCUCGAGAAGUUCCGGAGUAUGAGCUCAACCCAUUAGAGCUUCAAGUUCGAAAGAGUGAUGGCAUCACCAAGGGAACGUAUCAAGUGGCUAAAUGGAACGGUACAAAGGUUUCUGUAAAGAUAGUAGACAAGGAAAGCUAUUCAGACCCUGAAUGCAUAAAUGCUUUCAACAAUGAAUUGACGUUGCUAGAGAAGGUUCGGCAUCCAAACGUCGUUCAGUUCGUUGGUGCUGUUACCCAGAAUAUACCCAUGAUGAUUGUUGUAGAAUAUCAUGCGAAAGGUGACUUAGGAAGCUAUAUUCAAAAGAAAGGACGAUUAUCUCCAUCAAAAGCACUGAGAUUUGCUCUUGACAUUGCAAGGGGCAUGAAUUAUCUUCACGAAUGUAAACCAGACCCAAUAAUCCACUGCGACUUAAAGCCAAAAAAUAUUUUGCUCGAUAAUGGAGGUCACUUGAAGAUAUCUGGAUUCGGGUUGAUAAGGUUGUCAUAUAUUUCUCCUGACAAAGCAAAACUGGCACAGCCUUGGGCACACAAUCAUUCAAGUCUCUAUGUGGCACCUGAGACUUACAAAGAUGAAAUUUUUGACAGAAGUGUGGAUGCAUAUUCUUUCGGACUCAUAUUAUAUGAGAUGAUUGAGGGUGUACAGCCAUUCCAUCCCAAGCCUAUUGAAGAGGCUGUCAAAAUGAUGUGUUUAGAAGGGAAAAGACCACCGAUGAGAACGAAGUCAAAAAGUUAUCCUGCUGUACUAAAAGAGUUGAUUGAGGAAUGUUGGCAUCCAGAGCCUCGUUGUAGGCCAACAUUCUCUGAGAUUAUUAUACGGUUGGAUAAGAUAGUUGCAAACUGCACAAAGCAGGGAUGGUGGAAAGAUACUUUUAAGCUUCCUUGGAAAUAACAAGAGGAGGCACUCAGUUCCAUCAGAAACAAAAAGAGAAAAGGAUUGGGGUAGACUCGGUGUUCUGGGGCUCCAUGCUGCAAUGCUAUUACUAAUCACUGGAGAGGGGCUUGAGUUGAUCAAUCGAGUCAGCAUAAAAGUUGAUUUAUCCCAUAUUUGAUGUUUGUGAAGGAGCUGGUACAGUUCCUUUCUAUGUAUCAUCAUGAUGUGUGAAGAAGCUUUCUUAUAGAUCCUUUGUUUACAUACAUAGAUAAUAAUGUACACGACAUAAUAUCACUGCAUCGGGAUCCGGCCCUAUAAACACCAUAUUUUGCAGUCAAAAAGAAUAAAUAUAACACGAUUAUGGAAGAGCUUUGUAAAUGGUGUUGAUGGAAUGAUGGGGCUGCACUGCUAUGUAUGGAGUAUCAAAAUUGUAGGAAGCUUCCGAAAAUGGGAAGUAGAACUCUUUUGGAUA